AUGUUGAAUACCAAGUACCAGGAUGGGAAGACUGAUCUUGGUUUUCUGCAAGGAAAUUUCUUGCUCUCUCAACUUGACUUUGCUGAUGGGAAUACGCAAAAAGGCUCAUUGUCGGUAGCAAUCGGCCUGCGAGUAAUACAAUCUCUCCAAUUGAACCAAGGCAAGAAAAUGGAUCUUGCAGAGGGGCUCGAGGCAGAUGCUAGAAAUCGAAUUACUUGGGCAUAUUUUAUGCUGGACCGGGCCUACAAUGGGUCGCGGAACUACUCUUUGUGUCUAUCUGACAAUCAUUUCACGCUGCCAUUUCCAUCGAUGCGGGGCCAAAAUGAGAAUGCUAUGUGCGGCUCUCUGCAAAAGCGAUCUAUGAGCCAAGGACACGAGGCGGAUCAAGGGAUCCUGGCCUGUCUUAUCCAACUCUACUCUCUAUGGGGGAAAGCAACAGAAUGGGUAUUUGAGCCUUUGGCAACAAGUUGUUUGCCCCCGUGGCAAAGCGGAUCGGCGAUUGCUAUCCUCGAAUCCGAGUGGAUGCAGUUUGAAACCCAAUUUGCUGAUGCCCAUCGCUACAUGAACGUUGAUUUCAAGCGCCGCGCUCGGGAAGAUCCCGACUCGCGGCCUUAUCUGUCGACUUGGCUGUGUGUUCAGUUCCUGUUUCACUCUAUACAGUGCCUGAUUCAUCAUCCAUUUGUGACGAUGAUAAAGCUUCGCCAUAUGAGUGAGAACCUGUCAGCUACCUUCCUACAAAAGUCGUUCGAGAGCUCUCUGCUUCAUUCACGAUGGAUCGCAAGAUUCGUGAAGGAGAUGGCUGACGGUGAUAUACGGUUACGUGACCCUUUCUUUGGUUAUCUGGCUGCAAUCGCUGCUACUAUCCAAUUGGAGCAUACGGGGAACAGAAAUCCUCAAAUUGCCCUUUUGGUGAAUAAUGAGUACCGUGUGCUCGUGGAGUAUAUCACUGAGCUCGCAUCGCAAUGGGAAAGUAUGUACGCUUUGGUAACUAGAAUCAACGAACUGGCUUCGCGGCGCCAAAACCAUGGGUCGUUGUUUUACAACCAGGAAGGAUUUUCUGGCGCCUUGUCAAGCAUGCCGACACCCUCAAACCUACCCAGGAUGUCCCCGGAGGAUGAGUCUUUGAUGUGGGAUAUCCUUGACAUCACUUCGUCUCCUGUCAAUAGGAAGCCUGGUGUAUCUGACAUUACUGUUCAAGGUUCGCCUGAAGCUAGCAGGACAAAUCGCACAUUUACUAGAGCUUCAUCGAAGCAUGCGAACCGUGAACCGACCGGCAACCCCAUCUUAGACAGCCAAACUUCACAGACUAUAAAUGAAACCUCAGAAUGGUCUUUUGGAAACCAAGGCCACCACAGUCACACAUUUGCAACAAGCGUCCCGGAUAUUCCUGAUUGGAUGAUCUUUGGUGACUUCAUGUCAGAACAUUUAUAG